AUGGCUUCUCCAAUCCCCCGAGGCCUCCGCCAGGUCCUCCAGAAGUCCCCCUCGGACAUCGUGAUCCUCUCUUCCCUUCGGACUCCUGUCACUCGUGCGAAGAAGGGCGGUUUCAAGGAUGCCUACCCCGAAGAGCUCCUCGCCAACGUGCUCCGGGCCACUCUCGAGGCGAACCCGCAACUAGACCCGGCUUUGAUCGACGACGUUGCGAUUGGCUCCGUGCUCCAAGAAUUGGGCGGUGCGAAAGCAGGUCGCAUGGCCCAGAUCCACGCCGGAUUCCCUCACUCGGUCCCCUUCCACACGAUCAACCGACAAUGUUCGUCCGGUUUGGCCGCCAUCACCUCCGUCGCCAAUGGCAUCCGUGCGGGGGCGAUCAACGUCGGUGUCGGAGGAGGAAUGGAGUCCAUGACGCGGAACUACGGCUCGCGCGCCAUCCCUACCGUGCUCUGGCCCGAAUUGAAGGAGUCGCACUCCCAGGAUGCUCGGGAUUGUAUCAUGCCCAUGGGAAUCACCUCUGAGAACGUUGCUUCUCGGUAUGGCAUCUCCCGAGCCGACCAGGAUGCCUUCGCCGCCGCAUCCCACAAGAAGGCCACGGACGCACAGAACGCCGGCCUGUUCGAUCCCGAAAUCGUCCCCGUGAAGACGCUUUCCUUCGACCCCGAGAACCCCGAUGCUGCCCCGAAGGAAAUCACCGUCGCGAAGGACGACGGCAUCCGCCCCAACAUCUCCGUCGAGAAGAUGGCCAGCUUGAAGCCCGCCUUCUCCGCGACGGGAUCCAGCACCGCCGGAAACAGCUCGCAGGUCAGCGACGGAGCCGCUGCUACUCUUCUUAUGCGCCGCUCUACCGCCACGGAACUGGGCUUGACUUCCUCGAUCAAGGGCCGCUGGGUCGGUACGGCCGUUGCUGGCUGUGCGCCUGACGAGAUGGGCGUCGGGCCCGCCGUCGCCAUCCCCAAGCUUCUGCAGCUCCUGGACGUGAACGUCUCCGACGUUGGAAUCUGGGAGAUCAACGAGGCCUUCGCCUCCCAGGCCCUCUACUGCACCCGCAAGCUGGGCAUUGACGAGGCGAAGGUUAACCCUAAGGGUGGUGCCAUCGCCAUCGGCCACCCUCUUGGUGCCACCGGUGCCCGACAGGUGGCAACUCUCCUGCCGGAAAUGGAGCGCACCGGCCAGGAAGUUGGUGUCGUGAGCAUGUGUAUUGGAACCGGUAUGGGAAUGGCCGGCAUGUUCGUUCGGGAGUAA